CCCUCCCCUCCCCUCCCCGCCCUCCCUGCCCGCAGUUAGCGGAGGGAGCUGUCCAGUGCUGAUCCCCUCGGCGAGCAGGAGAGGAGCCCCCCAGCCCGCACCAUGCCCCGCUCCUUCCUGGUCAAGAAGAUCAAAGCAGACGCUUUUCAGCCCUGCGAGGUCCCGGCUCCCAGCUACCAUCCCCUGGAAGCGGCUUAUGUGCUGGCCGGGUCCCGGGUGGGCAGCGGCCCCGGGGCCGAGAAUGGGUAUAGCCAACAUUGCCUCACGCCCUCCGACUAUGAGCCUGACAAGAAACAAGGGUUUCAGCUGGUGUCUUCAGACCCGGUCUACGCCCCGGCUCACGAGGAGUACAGCGACCCCGAGAGUCCCCAGUCGAGCCUCUCUGCCCGCUACUUCAAUGGCGAAGCUGCAGUCACAGACAGCUACUCCAUGGAUGCUUUCUUCAUCACUGACGGCCGCUCCAGGCGACGCAGCGAGAGCCAGCGGCGUGGGAACCACCGCCACUCGUGUAACGAGUGCGGCAAGACCUACGCCACCUCCUCCAACCUCAGCCGGCACAAGCAGACCCACCGCAGCCUGGACAGCAAGAUGGCCAGGAAGUGCCCCACCUGCGGCAAGGCCUACGUCUCCAUGCCCGCCCUGGCCAUGCACAUCCUGACCCACAACCUCAAACACAAGUGUGACGUGUGCGGCAAGGCCUUCAGCCGGCCCUGGCUUCUGCAGGGCCACAUGCGCUCGCACACGGGCGAGAAGCCCUUCGGCUGCUCCCACUGCGGCAAGGCCUUCGCCGACCGCUCCAACCUGCGGGCCCACAUGCAGACCCACUCGGCCUUCAAGCACUACAAGUGCAAGCAGUGCGAGAAGACCUUCGCCCUCAAGUCGUACCUCAACAAGCACUACGAGUCAGCCUGCUUCAAGGGCUCCGAACACAGCUGUGCAAUAGAGAACUGAGCCCUGUCCCCCAGGGCAGGGGAGAGGAAAGGCCGGGGAAGAGGAGGAGCUGCCGACAUCUGGGAGGAAGGGGGUUCCCUCCCCGCCCUCUCCCACCAGCGAAAUCUGGGCUACUCGGAGCGCAAGAGACGGCAGGGACUUUUGCAGUUCGGGCCAGCCGUGUUUGCUGGAAGGAUGCGUUUUCCCAGGGAUGCUCAGACUGACUUGCAUCCCGCCGUGGGGAGGGUGUGUGGGGCUGGGGGGUCCCAGGAAUUUUCCUUCACGGACCAGGUGACGUUUUUGAAUGGAAAUCUCCAAUGGUGCCAACCGCCGGUUCCACAGCUCUCCCAUUUCCCGCCCUCUGACCCGAAUCCCCCAGCUCCCAGCUCUACCCCUCGCAGCUGGUGGGAGCACAGCUCCUGGCUGGCUGGGGGAAUCGGGGCAGGAUUGACUCGGGAGCUGGCGAGUCCAAGUUCCUCCCCAUGGGAUUCGCACCUAGCUCCUUUUCAGGCCAAGGGACCUUGGGAAGCUCCUUGUGUAUUUAUUUAAUUUAUUGCUGUAUUUAUUUAGUGCUGCUUCUUCUCCCUGCGGGAAUCGACUGGGGAGAAACGAAACUUGUCUUCUCCAGCAAGAGCUAAACUCAUUGGAUUCAAAAUGCAUCAGCUGUGAAACUGUAAGAGUAUUGACAAGGGAACAGGGCAGGCGAGGGGACACGUGGGAUCAAUGCGACUGACAGGCCUGUGGGGAGGGGGUGGGGGAGUCAACUGACAGGCUGGGGCAUGGGGGAGUCUAUGUGACUGACAGGCUUCUGGGGGGGCAGUCUUGUGGACAGGGCGGAUGCUGCAUGAGUGACAGGCCUGUGGAAGGAGGUAGUUCUGUGAGACUGACAAGCCUAUGAGGGGGGAGAGGUGUUUGUGCGACUGUUGGGCUUGUGAAGAGGAAGGGUGUCUGUGCGACUGUUGGGCCUGUGGGUGUGUGACAGUUGGGCCUGUGGGGUGUGUGUGACUGCUGGGCCCGUGAGGGAGAGGGGGACCUGAGAGGCGUGUCUGUGCGGCUGUUGGGCUGGUGGAAGGGGGCGGGUCUAUGUGCAGUUUCUGUCCUUGUUGGUUUGUUUGUGCUGCCCUAGGAGUACCUCUCUGGAGCUGCUCUGCUCUGUGACUGACAGGAGGGAUGAGGGGCGAGCCACCAAGGGCAAAUUCCCUCCUGCCGCAGCCAUGGGAUUGACAGAAAAUCUCACUAUCCCCUGGCUCUAGGAGCGAGUGACCAUGUGGCAGUGCAGGUAUUGGGGCAAGCCCCAGCUCCUGGAGUCAGGGGAAUAUGUCAGAAUCUCAGCUUUCAUUUAAAACAUAAAGGAAGAUUCUAGCCCUUCUUGGUGCAGAGAAAAGUUUAGAACCCUAACCUGAGUGCCCCCUAGAUGUUCAAAAACCAGAAGGUAAAUUAAAGAAAACCCCAAAUUCAGGAGGUUUUAAAACCAAUCUCAUGAUUUUUAAGACACAUCUCAGGAUUUUGGUGAUUGGCACUACUGCACACACACACCCCGCGACUGGAGGGCCAUUCUGGGAGGCAGAGAGUUGCUCUUGUUCGAGUGAGUUACCGACUCUCCGGGGAGUUGUGCGGCCAUCACAAUCCAGUGCUUUAUGACAGGAGACCCUUACAGUGAGAGGAACUGGAACAAAACUUAAAACUUCUGUGGUUUCCAUCCAUCCCAAAUCUCACGGCAAUGUAGGACAAGACGCCAGGAAGGAUUAAGCUCCACCAGUGCCCAGGGCCCACAUGCCAUAGCCAGAACUAUCAGCCCUGUUGGGUAUGCCCAGCUGGUCUCCGUUCAAUGCCCCAGAGGAAGGCAGAAAAACCUCCUAAGAUCCCAGCCAACAUGCCCAAGGGAAAAGUCCUUCUCAGGCAUGGUUCUGUUAGCUGCUCUGUGAUGUCAAAGCCAGAUUCCCCUGCUAUCCAAUCGAUACCUACACUUUUCCCUGCAGACUCAGGUUUCAUGGCCUUCUCGUGCCAGAGGAGAUGUGGCAGGGCGUUAAAUCCCAAUCUGAAUUUGGGACAGGCCAGCCCCGCUCCUCACCCAUCCCGAUGCUCCCUCUAGGCUGCAAUGUCACGCUGCGGGUUUGUGCUGGGAGGUGGCUGCACCGAACCGGGCCUUUGUGCUGGCAGCCAAGUCCGAGAGGGCAGCACCCUGACCCAAUCUGACUCAAAAUGUGGGGGGGGGGCUUCAGUCCACCCAACAGGAGGGCCUCUGGCUGUGGACUGUGCUCUGAUCCCCUGUGUCCCAAUGGGCUUCCCACAUUGCCCAAUCAACGGUGCAUCCUGCUGAUUCAGACAGACUGGGAUGUUCAGGGGCUAGAACAGCCCCCCCCAGUCCCAGAGCUGGAGUUCCCUUGGGCAGAGGCUGGGGAAUAGGGAGAGAACCAGUGUUACUGUAAAGUUGGGGGGGGGAGGGGUCUAUUUAAAUACUCUAAUUUAUAUUAUUUAUAAUUUAUGCUUUUGACUAUUUAUUUGCCAUGACAGAAGGGGCCGUGCCAGACCCUAGGGGCCCCUUUGCAUGUGUCCUUUGAGGGUCUGAAGCUGCCUGCAGAGCCGCGCUGUUCCCAGGGCGAGAGUUCGGAGUGGGAGAGAUGCGGGGCAUUCGGUGACCUUGGGGAACUCCCGUAUUCCCAGAUUGAGGGGCAGGGAGGCCCAGCCCAGACUGUAGCUGGCAGUUCCACAGCUGGCGGGAGAAACUAAAGCUAGCCUGCCACAGCUGGGCACUGCCACUUCGAAAGGGAUUCUGCAUUCUGCCCAUUGGGAGCAGGCGGGUCAAGGCAAAGCUGUUCUCCCUCGUCUUCCUCAAUGCCGAAGGUCUCCCUGCCCUGGGCCAGGGUUCCAGGCUGUGCAGGGAAUAAAAGAAUCCUUUCUAUGCAACUUUCCCAAUGGAGACACCCUUUGCCAUUCCCAUGUGCACCAAACCUUUCACCAACACCACUGACUGCACCAUCUGCGGGCGUGCUGCGCUUCCUCCCCAUCCCAUGCAAUCCCCCUGGGGCGGGUGACUGCCACCACAACACUUCCUGUUUCCUACCUCAGAGCCUGAGCCUGUGACUGACUCUCAGUCACCACGCGGUCUGUGCCAGAGAGCUCAGCCGCAACAGGGGCCUGCCAACAUGCCCAGCUCUUAGAUCCUCACGCAUGUAGGAAUGCACACACAUGUACCCGUGUCCUUCUUCCAAUACACAGCCUCCCAUGUUCCUUUGCACACAUGUGUUCUCACGUCUGCUGUCAUGUCUGCAGUCUUUUCUGUGCACCUCACCUCACAGGACACACGUGCACACACUCAUGCAUGCACACCUUGAUUGCACAGCGGCUCCACACACCUGCAUAGUUGCAUGUAAGCACCAGGUGCACAACCUCACAGGCACAAUCCUACCUGCCCCACGCACUCACGGCUAAUCACACACACGUGACCACGCAUACGCCCAUAACCUCAGAUCGUGACCUGUGUCCCACUCACAUCCUCUAUACACGUAGCCUCCCUUGCACCACUGCUCUGUGUGUGCAAACACACUCCCCGUUAGACAUGCAGAGCUCCACUCCCCCACUCCCCCAGCCUCAUGCAGGGCCAUUCACACACGUCAAUUCACGCAUACAUACACACAGGUGUCAGGCAGGGGAGGUGCUCAGCACUGACACACACACACACACGCUGUGAGUAUUCUUCUCUGAUGGGCCCUUCCCCGAUGGACUCACCAUUAUUACCAUAACUUACCUUCCCGUGGGGACAGAAGGCGGGGCACCUUCUUUCGGGGUUUAUCCAUGGGAGCGGUGGGUGAACCAGCCCCCUGGUUUGAUUGCACUGGGGACAGUACAGGAGGGCCAGUCCCUGCUCCGUGUUUAUAUUGUAUAUAGGAAAUCUGACAGCAAUAAUUUUCCGUGCAUGAUUGAUUUUUCUGCCAGGUUUUGUAUUUGACAGAACACCGGGAGACAUGUCUACCGAGAACCGGCCACCUGCAGUAUUACUUGUAAUGCAAUUCAGGGAUAUUAAAGGGACUUCUGCUACUCA